AUGCGUAUCGUCGACGCUGCUAUCCCCCUCUUGGCUGGUUUGUCCACCCUUGUGGAAGCCCAAAAUGUCGAUUUUGGCAAAGUCUAUUCAGUCAAGCCGCAACUCAAUAAUCUAUGCCCCGCCAUCAACAACAAGGACAUUACCGAUUCCAAGGGCAAGGUCUACACCAUCAAGUGCAGUUCUGACACCAACGUCGGAUCUUUCACAAACAAAGCAGCCACCAAUUCGUACGCCGACUGCAUGACUGCUUGCGACACUACAUCGGGAUGUGUCGCGUUCUCAUACGUCGGCGGCGAUCUUGGUAGUGGUAGUGGCACGUGUUGGAUGAAGAACUCUGCUGGUAGCGCCAUUGCCGCUGGCAAGAACUACGUUGCAGGGUUCUUGAAGUCAUCCAAGACCUCGUCAUCCUCUGCCAAGACCAGCACCUCGACCAAGAAGGUCACAUCAACCUCCGUCAAAGCAUCGACAUCUACUUCGACCAAGAAGACAAGCUCGACCAAGGUCAAGCGUGCCACUGCGACGACAUGCAGCAAUCCCAACAACAUUUUGUACUCAUACGUCUCCAACCCAGACACGCCCACACAGUUCCUGGUCGACACGACUCUAGCCGGCUUGGCUGCUGCUCAGUGGUAUCCCCCUGCUGGAUACAGCACCAGCUUCACUAGCCAAUUGGCAGGUCUCUUUGCACCGAACUAUCUUGGAUACCAACAGCUGUCUUCUUACAAUACUAGUGCAUGUGCAGCUUACUGCAACGCCCGCUCUGAUUGUAAUGCUUUUAACAUCUACAUUCAGCGCACUCCUACGUUCAUCCCUGACAACUCUUGUCCCAACCCCAGUGGCGCUGCUCAGAUCACCUGUGCACUCUAUGGUAGUUAUGUCAGCUCAUCUCAAGCUACCAACAUCGGGCAGUACCGCAAGGACUUCAUGGUCGUCAUUCAAGGAUCCAAUGGAUACAACCUCAACCCUGCGCCGGCAUCGAUCUCGACUUUCCAGGGUCCUAAUGCCCUCGACGCGGUUGCUUACAGCUCCAACAUUUAUCUCGGCCAGAAGUACUUCUCUAGUUACGAUGUGACUCAGUGCAGUUCUUUGUGCAACACAUACACAGCCAACAGCAAGGCUAAUGCACAAAGCAGCAAGUCUUCGACCUACACUCCUUGCAACUACUUCAAUGUCUUCAAUCUCACCCUGAACGGACAGCCCCAGCUGAUGGGUUGCUACCUCUUCAGCACGUCGAAUGCAGCAAAUUACGACACCUACAAAACAGCAACGGACUCCAGCAGCGGUACAGUCUACAACCUCACCAACUCAUAUGGCUAUGCGCUGUACCCUCAGGACAAGGGUUUGACCAGUGUCACCUGGACUGCUGCGCCUACUGGUAAAAACGCCACCUGCUCAUCGCUUGGAAAUGCUGGUGAUUCUUACGUGGACUACAAUGGUGUCACCUACACUCUUGGGUGUGGAUAUGACGUUCAGUAUGCAGCUGAUAUCGGCAACCAGACCACUCCUGACUUUUACUCUUGCUUCGCUAUUUGCGAUAGUGGCGCUUAUCCUGGCUGCUCUGGUUUUGCCUACCUCGGCAACACUUGUUACUUCAAGAACUUGGCCGGUACUUCUCGCACACCACAGUUGAACAACUACAAUGUUGACAUGGCUUGGCUGCCUUCGUACGCUGGCUUCAAUGCUUACACCGUCCCUGGAACUGUCAGCUACACCACCAGCACUACUGUUUGGGCCGGCCCUGGAAGCACCACUAUUACCACGAUCAAUGGUCUUGCUGGAACCGUUCUCGUCAAGACCUCAGGCUCGGUCCCAGCGGCAACAACCACGACCUAUGUCACAGUCACAGCCGAUCAAGGCACCGCAACGACUAUUGCAACACAGACCAUUGCGCCUACUAAAGGCUUCACCGGCACUGUCUCAAUCAUUUACCCGACUGCAGUCACCACAUGUGGUAACAAGGGUGCCGCAGUCGGUUUCUACAGCAACCCAGUCCCCGGCUAUCAAGGUACUUCGGCGUACCCAGCCUUCGUGCCCGAACAGCUCAAGACCAGCACGCCCACUGCAACAGCCACCGCUGUCUCGUACAUCGGCGAGUACAACGACGCUUCGAACGGUGCCACCAUCUACGGCAAAUCACAGACCAACAACCAACUCUCCACCAUCGCCCUCAACCACGUCUUCUACGUCUUCGCAGGCCACGGUACCGGGUACUACUACAUCAACAUCCCCGCCGCCGACGACGUGGCAUUGUUCUGGAUUGGCCCUAAUGCACUUUCCGGCUACACUCGCGCCAACGCACAGUUGAUUCAAAGUUGGAGUGUGCCCACGGUUGCAACCCUUGGUUUCUACUUGACUGCGAACACAUAUACGCCUGUGCGUUUGUGGUUUGCAAAUGGAGGUGGUGUCGGAGGCUUGCGGUUCACUAUGUUGGCUCCGGAUGGUGCGCAGAUCUUGCAGAGUACGGCGAACAGCAAUUCGGGAAGUAUGAAUGCGGAUGUUGUUAUGUUCCCUUGUGAUAGUACCAACGGUAAGGCGUUCCCUGCAUUCGGCAAGGAGACUUAG